GUCCCCCAGAGUGCUGCACAUAUCAUCGCAUCGGGGGUGCGGGAAAAGCGCACGGUUUCCUGUGGGUUUGCUUAGCUGGGCACAUCAAAGUUUUAGAUCCGCAGGAGUACCUAGCUCAUUUUAACCUCCAUCGAUUUAAUGUCUUAAUCAAAACCUUUUCAUCUGUACGUGCCCUAGACUACACCUCCCCGUAGUUAGUCUGAAUUAAGUCGUCAAAGAUGUCCGAAGCCACGGUGGCCGAUACUCGCCGGUUAAACUCUAAACCGCAGGACCUGACAGACGCCUACGGCCCUCCCAGCAACUUUCUGGAAAUCGACGUCUACGACCCGCAGACUAUAGGAGUCGGCCGAAACCGCUUCACCACUUAUGAAGUCCGGAUGAAGACAAAUCUUCCCAUUUUUAAAAUGAAGGAGUCGUGUGUUCGACGAAGAUACAGCGACUUCGAGUGGCUGAAGAAUGAGCUGGAAAGGGACAGCAAGAUUGUUGUGCCUCCAUUGCCUGGAAAGGCAUUGAAGAGACAGCUUCCCUUCCGUGGAGAUGAGGGCAUUUUUGAGGAGUCCUUCAUUGAGGAGAGACGAGCUGGGCUUGAACAGUUCAUCAAUAGAAUUGCAGGUCAUCCUUUGGCCCAGAACGAACGCUGUCUUCACAUGUUCCUGCAGGAAGAAAGUAUUGACCGGAACUACAUUCCUGGAAAAGUACGGCAGUAGGGUUUUCCGAACUGGGACAAGGUGUGAAUGAAGCUUGUGAUCCAAAGGUUUUGGUAAACCCCCCUCCUUGUCCUGGACCCGUCUGCUCUACCAGCUCUUUCUGCACAUCAGUCAAAGCCUUUCACAGCUGCUGUCCAUCAUAUUCUGUAUAUAUUUCUAUUCUCUAUUCAAACUCAUAUAAAAGCCGUAUUUAUACCUCAUGCACUCUUUUUGUGGAAAGACACAUUCUUUUUUGCUGAUCUUUAAGCAAAUAUAUUAUUUUCUAUAUAUUUUAAUCUGGUUAAAAUUCCUGGCAUAAAACCUUUCUGGUAACCCACAGAUUUUUCUCCAAAUAUAGAGAGAGAGAAUUUGAUCGGGCCCCAUGACAUUCCUCAGUGUAUUUUUGAUUUAAAGUUUAAGUCUUGAAUUAUUUCAAUUUAAAGCAACAUGCUUCCCCUAUUGAAAAAUAAAUAUAUUUAAAUGUAGUUGAAAUAAAUGUAUUUCGUGCUAAGUAUACUACAAACACAUUUACAUAUUUCUAAACAUAUUAAAAUACCCUGCAGUUGCACUUUUAGUGUAAUAACUGUGUGGAAGUAGUCCAGAAGUCUUAACUGAAGAUAUAGUGAAGUUGGCCUAUAUUUGUGCUCAAGCAGAACUAUUGCAAGUAUACUUUAGGUAUAUAAAGAAUUAUGUUAUUCAAAGAUCAAUACAAUCGGCAUCAAUAGUGACAAUAAAACACAUUUUUGGCUUAAUAUUAUGAAAUGUGUGUUGUGCACCAAAUAGUACUCCAAAUAAAGUAUAAUUACAAUUUGUAUAUCAGUAAGUAUAGAUUUGAACUAUGCUUAGUAUGAAAUGAAUACAUUUUACCAGGGUUAAGAGAAGUUAUCAAGAACUCAUCAAAUGUAGCACUUCAGAAGCUAAAACUAGGAUUGCCUCUCGACAACGUCUUCCUUUACGUUCCAUAUUUCAUUUGUAUCUUUGACCUUUAAAUCUGUUAAAACAAGGCUUUUGCAACCAUGUUUAAAUGUAUUUUCGUUUGUUUAGUGUCCGUGUACCAGUAACGCUUCGGGAAUGUACAUAUUCAAUCACUGUGAAAAACUGAAUUCCAUUAUGACAGAAUGUGUCACAUUUGCUGUUAUGUUUCUAUAUGCCCUCUCUUAGAACGAGUUCUGUUCUUUUCUGGCUCUUUCUAUUCUGGUUAUUUUCAGGACUGUGUGUAAAAGGGCACUCGUUGAUUUUUAAACAGAUAGCCAUCCUUUCUACCCAUGAAUAAACCCUCUCUGUCUCCUUCAGUGUA